UUAGUAAACAUCUAAUUUUGUUAUUGAAUCAUCUGUAAGGCUGAACACGGAAAUUUCAGUGUUUAUUGGAGGAAGAAGCCGACAUUAUUUUUGGAAAACUAAAAUAAAUUUUAAAAAAAUGGACAUCGUUGAGGACAGAACCAAGACAUUCAAAUGUCUUCAAUGUGACCAUAAAUUUAUCCACCCAACUACACUCAAGAGGCACGUUGAAAAAAUUCAUAACGAUAAUUUUUUUUUUAAAUGCACUGUUUGUCACAAAAAAUUCUCAAAAUCAUUCGAUCUUAACGCGCAUAUUAAAAGUGUUCACGAAAAACUGAAGGAACUUAAAUGUGAUCAAUGCGAUGAAAAAUUUACUCGAGCUCUCGAUCUCGAUAAGCAUAUUCGAACCCAGCAUAACUCUAUUAAGAAAUUACUGAAAUGCUUCACAUGUGGUGCAGCAUUCAGCAGACAUUGUAAUCUUGAAAUGCAUGUAAAAACUGUGCAUACCAACUCAAAUUCAUUUGAAUAUAUUAUAUGUGAUAAAAAAUUCAAUUCACAAAAUACUUUGAAGACACAUAUCGAAAAAAUACACGUUGGUAAUGUAAAUCAUGAAUGUCAAAAGUGCCACAAAAAAUUUUACAAAAUGGAAAAUUAUAAAAAACACAUCAACAUUGCUCACCCUGAAAUGAACGAAUCUCCAAAAUUCAAACGUAAUAUACAUGAUGAAAAAAGUAGUAACAUAAAUUUUAUUCAUGUCAACAUGAAUGAGUUGUCAAAUAAUAUAAAAAUGGAAAAAUCACCAGAAAAAGUAGUGAAUGAAAAACUGUCAACCGACCAUACGUGUGACAUGCUACACCAAGAAUCGAAUGUGAAAAUUUCAAAAUCGAAUGAACCAUAUCAAAACUUAGUGAUCAGUACGAAUGUAAUGAAUGUAAAAAAUAUAUGUCAGGAAUCUCAUAAUCAAGGUUCACAACAAACAAUUAACAAUUUCAAAACUGAAAAUUCAUUGAUUCAUGCUGUGGAAGAGAAUAACCCAAAUCAAGAAUUAAAAGCAAUAGGAGUACCUCAAAAUUUGUAUAUUAAAGAUUCAACUAUCGGAACGUUUUAUUCUACCGAAGAAAAGGGAUCAAAUAACGCAGCGAUGUGGAACAUAGUGAGUAAAAACUCGGUUCAAAUUCAAUGCUUCAAUCACAACUUGUCGCCGACUCAGACAAUCGAAGCUAAUGUACUUGACCAAAAUUCAAACCAAAUGGAAUAUAUAAAUAAUACAUACUCACAAAAUCAUUCUACUGCACGGGAUCUAAAUGCCCAUAUGAAAUUUCACAACGAUAAAAAUUUACCAAACGUAAAUAGCUCCCAUGAAACAAAAUUUUCAAAUGAGGAAUACUCAUCCAAUUCAAUAUACGGGGCAGAUAGAGUUGGUCAAAAUAUUCUUAAUUCGGAAUUUAUGGUUGUUAACCAUGCUCCACAAUUAAUGCCAUCUUACAAUGGUAGAUGUUUACCCGAUGUCUCGAAUAUGAAAAAUGUGGAAAAUAAGGCCAAUCCUUACUGUCACCAAACAGCAGCCGUUGAUGGUGGAUUCUUACCGGCAGUAAUAAAUUCACAACCAGUCACUAAUUUUAAUAACAAUUACUUACCGAACAUUUCGAAUACGGAAAAUUUUGUUUGUCAUAACCCACGCCAAACAACGUGUUUUAAUGAAUUUUUUCCUCAAGUAGUGAAUAUAGAGAAUACACGAGAAUCUACCAAUACUGAAAGCUAUUGUUUUAUCAAAGAGGAACCUAGUGUAAGCUAUAAAAACUAUGAACAAACAUUUCCUUCAGAAUCAUCUAAUCAAGAUGUGCCCAUGAACUUUGAACCAACAAAUAUGUUUGUUGAAAACGUUAGACAAUCAACACCUUUUGAAAUUUUCAGCGAAUAUUCAAAAAUUAAAAAGUUUAAUGGAGUUAUUCCUAAUGAAAAUAUAGAAAAAGAGUCAGUCUACGAUAAAACAAAAUGUGUCGAUAAUCAAGAGUUGAAUCAUGUACCAUUUACUUGUUCCGAGACUGAAAAUUUUCUCGAUGACGUAUUUCACUAUUAUAUCGAUGAAUUUGAUAAAUUAAUCCAUGGGAAUGAUGAGGAUCAAUUAAAUAAUUUAUUAGACGAAUUGAAUAAAGCAUCGCCUGACAUGAAAUUUGAAAACAUAUUGGACAAGAUAGAUCAUUUUAAUAUGAAAAUGGAUGUAUUGCCCGGUAAAUUUAUGGAAAAUUUGUUUGAAAUGGUGAAUUUCAUUGAGCAAGUUGAAAAUGUAAAAAAUGGAUUUGACAGUAAUGUAUAUUUAUGAAUAAAUAUAUUUUGACUAAGUAUAUAGCUAGAUUAGCCAAUAUGCUUAUUUAAAUAUACGAAUUUUUUGCACACAAAAAUUUAGUUUGUAAUAUAGUAGCGUUCUUAAAAUAGAAAGUAUCGCGAAAAAAUGCAUCUUUAUCGAAAAAAAUGAUCGACGAGUUGGCUUCUUUAUGCUGUUGCCAUUUAAUUAUUCAGAUCUAUUUAGAAAAUUAUUGGAUAACUGAAAUAAAGCAUGCAUUAAUGUUA